AUUUCAGGUUGUAUGCCACCACAAUUACAGAUGUAUUUAUUUAUGUUUCAUUGUGAGAAUUAUUUUCUUAAUGGGAACAAUAAAGACAACUUUCAAGUACGUAAACAUAGGACCAAUGUCACCACACUCAGGGCCCAUCCAUUUCACAGAGGGAACAUGGUGCGAUGGUCUGCUUCCUGGUGUGUGUGUGGUCACGGAAACUUGACAGAAAUGAGUGUGAGGCCGCAGUGUAGUGUAGUCCGUGACCUCUCUUCACCAGUUACUGUAGGGCAUGAGGCUUAAUGCAGCUCAAAACCGAAAUGGCCGACCAAAACAGGCAGAAUUCACCGGCUGCCGCCCAACGGGACGUGCUGGGUUAGGAUUGAGAAUGUCCCGGCUUGUCGAGAGGAAGGGGGGCGAUGGUGGCCGGGAGACGGCACCCAGCGCCGGGGAGUCGGUCUGCGAUGGCAUCGGUCAUCUGGAUCAGAUGCGGCUUUGUGUAGGCUCCGAGUAUCCCAGCCCUGGAAGUCCCUCCCCUUCUAGCGAUGGGAUUGGUUUGCUCUCGUUGCCAUGGGAGAUGGUGACCCGAAUUGCUUCACACCUGCCUGCCCAGUGCAUCAUCAAUGUCCUGCCACAGGUGUGCCGGGUGCUUGGCGAGGUUGGCGAGGACUCGUCGGCGUGGCAACAGAGGUCCCAGCGUCUGGUGGGGGCCGGGGCCUCCUUCCCUGCGGGGCCCCGAGACGAGCUGGACUGGCCCUCAGCCUGCCUGGAGAUGGAGCAGCUCAUCGGCCUGUGGAGGGGCCAGAGAGGAGAAGUGGAAGGAGGAGAAGAGAGGGAUGAGGGAGGAGAGAGAGGAGGAGCAGAGGGAGGAGAAGAGGAGGAGGAGGAGGAGGAGGAGCGUCGGCGUGGAGACGUGUGUGAGGAGGCCCUGCCCUCUCUGGAGCGGUUCUCUCUGCCGGCGGGCCACAUCGCAGACGUCCACUCAGUGCUGCUGUUCGGAGGACAGGGGGCGCUGUGUGCCACGGGCUCCCGGGACCGCAACGUCAACCUGUGGGACCUGCGGGCGCAGUCGGAGGAGUCGGGGGGGUCGGAGGGGUCGGGGGGGUCGGAGGGGGGGCGUCUGCUGGGCACGCUGGGGGCCCACAGCGGCUGGGUGUGGUGUCUGGCGGAGCGGGCCAACCUCCUGGCGUCGGGGGCGUUCGACAGCACCGUGCGGCUCUGGGACCUCGGGGCGGGGGCCGGGGCCAGGGCCAGGGGGGUCAUCACCGGGCGCGCCCCCGUCAUCUGUCUCUCGUGGCAACCAGACGGACUGCUCGCCGGGUCACAUGACAAGAAGAUCAGCAUCUACGAUCACAGAAUUCCACAGCCGCUGGUGAAGAGUGUGCAGGUCCACAGCAGCGCUGUGCUGAGCCUCGUGGCGGACGAUCGCUACAUCAUCUCAGGAGGCAAAGACAACACCGUGGCCCUUUACGACCGCCGCGCCGCCAAACUGGUCAACAGGCUCACGCUGGGCUCGUUCCUGUUGUCCAUGUCCUACAGUGGGCAGGAGGUGUGGGCGGGGGACAACCAGGGGCGCAUACACUCCUUCUCCCUGCACGGCGGAGCCCUGCGCACACUCGGCCAGUUCGACGUGGGACACACACACCUGGUCACCGGGAUACACUGCUCACCGGGGAGUCUAUACACCUGCUCAUCAGACCGCACUAUACGGGUCCAUCUCCCUAGCGCCCCUCCGAGGACUCUGUGCACACUGCGGAACCCAACGCCAGUGAAUGGGUUGAGUGUGGAGGCCGGGGUUCUGGCCGUGGCGUCUGGUAAUAUGGCGGUGGAGGUGUGGAGACCCCCCCAGUGAGAGAGGCUCGCCCGGUCGUCAUGGUUACACCUGUGCUAGAACCAACCUUAUGAGGUCACAUGACAUGGACGUCUAUGGCGUAUGAGUGUGUGUGUGUGUCUGUGUGUGUGUGUGUGUGUGUGUGUGUGUGUGUGUGUGUGUGUGU